AUGAAAGUUGACUUGGGAGCAUUUGACUUGUGGGAAAUGGUGGGAGUUGGUGGACAUCCACCUAAACAAAGACAAAAUCCUACCAUAGCACAAAUGAAGCAGCAUAGUGAGGAAGGUGCAAUGAGGAGUGAGGGUGAACCAACUCUGUAUACAAAAACCAUAGUUGAUGAUGAAGAACUCAUAGUUUCAAUUUAUGUUGAUGACAUUCUAGUCACUGGUCUAGCUAACAACUCAAUGGUCGAAUUUAAGGAAAAUAUGAUGAGGGAGUUUGAGAAGACAAAUCUGAGGUUGAUGACAUAUUUUCUUGGUUUGGAAUUUAUCCAAACUAAUGAUUAUAUUAUGCUCCACCAAAGGAAGUAUGCUCUUGAGCUACUAAAGAGAUUUAAAAUGGAAAACUGCAAGUCUAUUAAUAAUCCAAUAGCUACAAACUUGAAACUAUCUUCAUCAGAUAACGAAGGCCUUGCAGAUCCAUCACUCUUUAGAAGUGUGAUAAGAAGUUCGUUGUAUCUAUCAUCUUCAAGACCAGACAUCAUGUUUAGCACUAACCUACUAUCAAGAUUCAUGCACAAUCCAUCAAUGGCUCACCUAGCAGUAGCAAAAAGAGUCCUAAGAUAUGUGAAAGGAAAUGCAAACUAUGGAAUCAAAUAUGGCAAGACUUGCAGCUAUCAUCUCUGUGGAUAUUCAGAUAAUGAUUGGGCUAGGAAUCUUGAUGACUCCAAAAGCACCUCUGGUUUUGUUUUCUCGUUUGGCAAUGGAGUGUUCCCAUGGAACUCUAAAAAACAAGAAGUUGUUGCUCAGUCAACAACAGAUGUUGAAUACAUAUCAGUUGCAAUGGCAACUAAUCAUGCAGUUUGGUUAAGAAAAACGUUGCUUGAUCUUGGUUUUGUUCAAGAAGGACCUACAGAUCUAUGGGUUGAUAACAGUAGCCAUGGCUAA